AUGCUUCAGCAUCCCUCCUCCACCACAACAAUCCAUCUGGACCAGCCUCCUAGCUGCCUCCAAUUCUGUCCAGCAUCUCCCAAUAACUUCGUAGUCGGCACCUACCUCCUCUCUGAAACAAAGACUACAGACACAGAUGGAUCAGAAACAAUCCAGCAAUCAAAGUCGGGAUCCCUGCAACUCUGGCACCUGGAUCCGGAGACUGAUGCACUGACCCAAAAAUCAUGCCAUCGCAUCAAUGCUGCCGUCUUCGAUCUCCACUUUCACCCCAGGCAGGAAAACACCUUCGCCAUUGCAACAAGCGACGCCUCCGUUUCCCUCUUCACUGUCUCACCAGAAACUGAGACAGGUUUCACGCUUCUUUGGACGAAGAGCGUUCACGAGAACCCCUCAAUCCCAGCACUGUUCUUAGCUUGGUUGCCGGAGAAUUGGCUGAACCCGAAAGGGGCCGGUGCGAACCCCGACGGGUUCGCCGUGACGUUUAGUGAUGGGCGGACGGGAGUUUUCGGCUUGACUGCGAAUGGGGAUGAACCGGUCACCAAGCUUGGGUCUUUCGAAGCGAAGCAACCGAUCGAGGUGUGGUUUGUCGCGGCAGCUUCGUACUUGACCUCUUCAGAGGCAGAAAAGGUGUCUACACCUUAUCUCUUCACUGGAAAUGACUUUGGCGCGUUACACACUCGCCGCUUCGCAGAUAUCCCAGUUUUAAUCAACCAGACAGCGCAUGACGAUAAGGACGAAGAGGAGGAAUCGCCCUUACCAGCAACCCUCGUCUCAUCUGAUGACAAAGCCCUCCACCACACCGCAGGCGUAACAUCUAUCCUGCCGCUCCCCAUUCCGCUUUCACAUGCAGCCGCAAAUGGUGAGCCAUUGUUACUCACGGGUAGCUAUGACGAGCAUCUGCGUGUGUACCAUGCUUGUCGAGGUGGAAGGGGCGAGGUCCUUGCAGAGAUGGGAUUAAGGGGUGGGGUUUGGAGGUUGCAGUUGCUUAGUGCACACAGUUCCACCAGUAAGGAGGAAUGGACGUUCCUGGUUUUAGCUAGCUGUAUGCAUGGUGGGACGAGGAUCGUGAAGGUUACGGUUCCUGGAGAAGGGAAAGCUGUCAUUGAAAUUUUGGCAGAGUUUACGGAGCAUGAGAGCAUGAAUUAUGCGUCAGACACCUGGAAAGGAGGGCCUGGUCCAGAAAUUCGGGUUGUGUCGAGUAGCUUUUAUGACCGGAGAGUUUGUGUAUGGCGGGUGGAGGUAUAA